GUUGGUGCGCGCUCCCGUGUGCCACAGGUUAUCUACAGCUCAUCACCUGCGUGUUGCGUGUGCGCUUGUUGUCGCAGGACCUGGUAGAUCGCGGCACCUUCUGAACUUCUGGCUCCUCUUUAGCGGACAUUAGCAGUCGAGAAAACACCACAGACAACACGACAAUCGAUCGAAGGCAUUGUAUGCUGUAGGAUUGUAUUGGUCAUAACAAUGAUGAGACGGGGGGUUGCUACAAACACAGUUUUGAAAGGACUUCCAGUUAUCUGUUUGUGGAUCGGUGUCAGUAUUGCCGUGACAGUGACUUCCACCGGGCCUCAGGCAAUUCAGGUUGUCAGAGGAACUAAUGCAUAUAUGGAAUGUACCUACACGUUGGAUGAUACAGACACAGGAGAUCUAGACAUCGAAUGGUCAAUCGUGAACCCAAAUCCAACCAAACCAGACACCAUGAUCCUGUCUUACAACGGAGGUCAAGUUUUUAAAUUUGGAAGCUCAGAACGUCAGGCUCGGUUCAGUUUUGCCAACUCUGACCCAAGCAAAGGAAAUGCUUCAAUACAGAUUGUUGAUGUGCACAUGUCUGACAGUGGUACCUAUGACUGCAAGGUGAAGAAAACCCCAGGCUUAGAUGCACGCAAAGUGACUGUUUCUGUGCUAGUGCCCCCCACGAUACCCAAAUGUUGGAUAGAAGGCAACCAGGAACAAGGCACCACAGUGAUUCUCCACUGUAAAUCAUCUGAAGGCUCACCUCCCCUUACUUAUAGCUGGCAAAUGCAGACUGGUGGACCACUGCCCAGCACAGCCAUUUUGGAUCCAAAUGGCGGAACUCUCUUAAUUAAAAAUCUCUCCUCAAGCUUUGUUGGCUCUUAUGUCUGUGUGGCUCAAAACUCUUUGGGAAAGCAGCAGUGUGUCUUAGAGUUGCAUGAUUUCAAACCUGGCAGCCGAGCAGGAAUGAUAGCAGGUGCUGUGAUUGGUUCUAUUCUUCUGUUUCUGCUUCUGUUGCUGCUCAUAUGGCUCCUUCUUUGUUGCUGCAACAAGAGGAGAUACGAGAAGGAAGUGGCCAAUGAAAUUCGGGAGGAUGCAGUUGCUCCAGUAAGCCAGAACAACACACCAAGGGGAAGCAUCCGUUCCAGUAUUCAGUCCAUUUUGGGUUAUCGAUCCCAUGCAAUGAUAAACUACAACAAAGUCCAAAAAAACGAAUCCUUCAAUAGUGAAAAUCGUAGUGGCAUCUCCCAAAGUGGUUCAAGACGGAGCCAACAUCCUCCUGUGUACAAUCAGUUAAAGGUGACUGAUAAUAGUAAUAAUUAUGAUGUCUCCAGGGAUCUUUCGAAACGGAGUCAGCAGGUUCCAGAGUAUAGCCUGUCCAGGAUGGGAGCUGUUCCAGUAAUGACUUUUGCUCAUAGCAGAGAGGGUUAUGCCGUCUAGUCAUGGGUAAAGCUUGUGGACUGCCUAAAAAGACAGUGAGGGAGACACUAAUGCUGAAAAAAUAAAAUCUGUAAUUAAAUGCGUCUGGUAUAUAUGUGGAAACUUAGCCAUUAGAACUUCCUAGAACACUAAACCAAUGAACAAAGUCAAUGUUUAUUGCAAAUUAAAGACCACAUUUUCACCACUGCCAAGGCAUAACUGGACAACAUUAAUGCUCCAAAAUUGGAGCAUUAAACAAACAGAACUGUUUGAAUAUUUAAAAGUGAUAAAAAUUUUUAUGAGUUAUUUUGAUACGUGUAAACUUAACAUAAAAACAGAAAUACCUUCUUGUUUUCCCACAUUUGUAAAAAGAAAGAGAGAUAAUUUUGCAGACUUUUUGUUAUGGAAAAACAAAGAUUUUUAAUUCCUGAAAUUAUAUUAUGCAAAUAAGCUAGUGGUCAUUAUCCAUCCCGUCAUUAUUUUAUUUUAAAGUUAAUCUAUAUAUAACAGUUUAUGUAUAUAUUAAUAAAACAAUUUUAUUAUAUCUUUUUUACUUUUUAGGGAAUAGAGGACGAUAAAAUCUUUUCUAGCUGAAUAUUGAGUCUUAAUACUGUAUAUACUCUUUUAAUGUACAGCUCACUACAUUGUAAAAAACAUUCCAGACCCUUGUUGUUUUCCAUUUUUAUAAAUAUUUGCAAUAUA